GCCCCAGAAGUUCACAGCUGGUGGAAAGGGAAAACCCAUAAAAGUGUAGAAAUAGGCACGGUUUUACAAAUAGGCCAAAGAAACCGUAGGGAUCAGGAUGAGUGCGGAGGAACAGGCAAAUCUUCUGCGGGUGCUCGUCAACUGUGCGGAGAAGGCGGCCAAUAUCGCCAGGACGUGUCGCUCCAACGAGGAACUCUUGGGACUGCUGGUGCAGGAAAAGAAGGGAUCGGAGGCCAACGAGCGGUUCGAACAUGACUUUAAGACCCUGGCCGACGUCCUCAUCCAGGAGACAAUCAAGCACGAGGUGGGGUCGUUAUUUCCGGCCAUGCAGGAUGCGAUCCUGGGCGAGGAGUCGCCAAACUUCACCAACAAACUGGGCGAGAGCGUCACAAUUGCAGUGGGAUCGAGUGAGGAGGACACCGUCUCCUGUCUGCAGGCCGUGCUCAGUGGCCACGAAGAAGCGGCUAGUGCUUUGGCCAAGGAAGUCCAUCAGGAGGUCAACUUCACCAGCGAGAAGCUGGGCAAGAUUCCCGAAUUGCCGGAGGAACUGGACUACGCCAACCUGGGCAUCUGGAUCGAUCCUAUUGACGCCACCGCCGAGUACAUUUCGGGCGACACCAUGUUCACCGAUUUUCCAGGGAUCACAUCCACCGGAUUGGACUGCGUCACCGUGCUGAUUGGCGUCUAUGAGCGGGACACCGGAGUGCCGGUGAUCGGCGUGGUGGCCCAGCCCUUCGGAGAGAAGUUGGAGGAGAACGUGUACAGCUCCUCUAUGUUCUGGGGUGUUUGUCUGCCCGCCCUGCAGGCCCACAAUUGCAAUUUCGAAGCACGAGACGAAAACCGUCGGUUGGGAAUCUUCUCCAGCUCGGAGCAAUCCGAUUUGCUUCAGCGCUUCUGCGAUCUGGGCUACGAGUUUGCAUUUUCCGCGGGUGCGGGCCAUAAAGCCUUGAAGGUGAUUACCCACGAAGUGGAUGUGUAUCUGCUCAGCAAGGGAUCGACCUUCAAAUGGGACACUUGUGCUCCUCAGGCCAUUUUAAGAGCGCUCGGGGGAGAUGUCCUGGAUUAUACAGCCAGUGUGGCGGAACAAAAGGCCGUUCCUUUGAAGUACCUGAUGGAGGACAGUGAAUCCGACGCGGAUUGGAAAAGAAAUGCAGGUGGUUUAAUCUCCGUUCGCAAUGUCAAUGUUGUGGAGGAACUGCUUACCAAACUGGCCGAAUAAUGAAUGUUGUUAUUAUUGUUAUAAUUAUAUUAUUGCUGUAUUUGAUCCAAUGUAAGAGUGAGUCGAAUUGAUAUCCCUCGAAGGGGUAGAAACUAGUCCAUUAAAUUUAUUAACUAAACCAGUGAAAGUAGGAUAAUAUUUUUCCAAAACAUGUUAUUGUGCAAGCAAAUGUAUGAAAUUGUUUUACGUUCUAUCCAAGUCCAUACAUAUAAAUUGUUAGGCCCACACAAGUCGACUCACUCUACUAAACUUAAAUUUCCAAGAUAGUUAAAAAAUGUUGUGAAUUGUUAGUAAAUGUGAAAGAAAUU